GGGCCGAGCGGGGCCGGGCCGGGCGGGAGCCAUGGACCGCUAGGACCGGGCCGCGCCCCGCGAUGCCGCCGCCGAGUGGCCCGGGCGUCCUGGCGCGGCUGCUGCCGCUGCUGGGGCUGCUGCUCGGGGGCGCCUCCCGGGCUCCGGGCAAGUCUCCGCCGGAGCCCCCGAGCCCGCAGGAGAUCCUGAUCAAGGUGCAGGUGUACGUGAGCGGGGAGCUGGUGCCCCUGGCUCGGGCCUCCGUGGACGUGUUUGGGAACCGGAUGCUGCUGGCCGCUGGCACCACCGACUCGGAGGGCAUAGCCACGCUGCCCCUCAGUUACCGUCUGGGCACCUGGGUGCUGGUCACUGCCGCCCGCCCGGGCUUCCUCACCAACUCCGUGCCCUGGCGUGUUGACAAGCUGCCCUUGUAUGCAUCUGUCAGCCUCUACUUGCUCCCUGAGCGACCGGCCACUCUCAUUCUGUACGAGGACCUGGUGCAUAUCCUCCUGGGCUCACCUGGUGCCCGCUCCCAGCCCUGGGUGCAGUUUCAGCGCCGAGCUGCCCGCCUGCCGGUCAGCUCCACCUACAGCCAGCUCUGGGCCUCGCUUACCCCAGCCAGCACCCAGCAGGAAAUGCGCGCCUUCCCUGCCUUCCUGGGCACUGAGGCAUCCAGCUCAGGCAAUGGCUCGUGGCUGGAGCUGAUGCCGCUGGCAGCUGUGAGUGUACACCUGCUGACAGGCAACGGGACGGAGGUGCCACUCUCGGGUCCCAUUCACCUGUCCCUGCCCGUGCCCUCGGAGCCACGCGCCCUCACUGUGGGCACCAGCAUUCCCGCCUGGAGAUUUGACCCCAAGAGUGGACUGUGGGUACGCAAUGGCACUGGAGUCAUCCGGAAGGAAGGCCGGCAGCUCUGCUGGACCUUCGUGUCUCCCCAGCUGGGAUACUGGGCGGCGGCCAUGGCCUCGCCCACCACUGGGCUAGUCACCAUCACGUCGGGCAUCCAGGACAUCGGCACCUACCACACCAUCUUCCUGCUCACUAUCUUGGCAGCGCUGGCACUGCUGGUGCUCAUUCUGCUGUGCCUGCUCAUCUACUACUGCCGGAGACGCUGCCUGAAGCCGAGACAACAGCACCGCAAGUUGCAGCUCUCGGGACCCUCGGACGGCAACAAGCGCGACCAAGCCACCUCGAUGUCCCAGCUGCACCUCAUCUGCGGCGGCCCCUUGGAGUCCGGGCCGUCGGGGGACCCCGAAGCCCCACCGCCGGGCCCCCUGCAUUCGGCCUUCUCGAGUUCCAGGGACUUGGCCUCGUCGCGCGACGACUUCUUCCGUGCCAAGCCGCGUUCCGCCAGCCGCCCGGGGGGCGCCGAGCCUGCGGGGUCCCGCGGGGGCGAGGGCGCUGGGCUGAAGGGCGCGCGUUCCGUCGAGGGGCCCGGUGGGCUGGAAGCCGGCUUGGAGGAGUACCGGAGGGGCCCGGCGGGGGCCGCGGCCUUCUUGCACGAGCCCCCCUCGCCGCCGCCGCCCUUCGAGCACUACCUGGGGCACAAAGGGGGCGCCGAGAGCAAGACCCCCGACUUCUUGCUGUCGCAGUCGGUGGACCAGCUGUCGAGGCCGCCGUCGCUCAGCCAGCCGGGCCAGCUCAUCUUCUGCGGCUCCAUCGACCACCUCAAGGACAGCGUGUACCGCAACGUCAUGCCCACCCUGGUGAUCCCCGCGCAUUACGUGCGCCUGGGGGGCGAGGCGGGCGCCGCGGGGGCGGGCGAGGAAGCCACCGCGCUCGACGGGGCGGCCCCGGGCCCGGCGCGCGCCUUCCCGGCCCCCGACGCGCAGCGCCCGCACCUGGCAGGCCGCGAGGGCGCGGGCGGCGGCGAGGGGGCCGGGGGCGGCCUCGGGGGCGUCGGGGCCGGCAGCGAGGCUUGGGGCGGCGGCCGCUCGGCCCCCGUGAGCGGCUCGGUGACCAUCCCGGUGCUGUUCAACGAGUCCACCAUGGCGCAGCUCAACGGCGAGCUGCAGGCGCUGACGGAGAAGAAGCUGCUGGAACUGGGCGUGAAGCCGCACCCGCGCGCCUGGUUCGUGUCCCUGGACGGGCGUUCCAACUCGCAGGUGCGCCAUUCCUACAUCGACCUGCAGGCGGGUGGCGGCGCUGGAGGCGGCGGCGGGGGCGGCCGGAGCACCGACGCCAGCCUGGACUCAGGCGUCGACUUGCACGAAGCGAGGCCCGCACGCCGGCGGCUGCUGCGGGAGGAGCGGGAGCGCAUCCCGACCACCUCGGCCGCCGGGGCGCCUCCGCCGCCGCCGCCGCCGCCUCCUGCACCCCCGCGCCUGGCCCUCAGCGAGGACACGGAGCCCAGCAGCAGCGAGAGCCGCACGGGCCUCUGCUCCCCCGAGGACAACUCGCUGACCCCGCUGCUGGACGAGGUGGCGGCGCCCGAAGGCCGCGCGUCCACCGUGCCCCGAGGCCGGGGCCGCAGCCGAGGGGACAGUUCCCGCAGCAGCGCCAGCGAGCUGCGGCGCGACUCGCUCACCAGCCCCGAGGAUGAGUUGGGGGCCGAAGUGGGCGACGACGCGGGCGACAAGAAGAGUCCCUGGCAGCGGCGGGAGGAGCGGCCCCUGAUGGUCUUCAACGUCAAGUAGUGGCACCUC